UAACGGCAGAUAUGCGGCAUAGUUUCGCAGUGGUAGGACAAUAGUGACGCGUGGAGAGAAAAGGGGAAUCGAAAAUAAGAGUUUUCUUCUCGUGAGAAGAAAAGUAUAAAGGAAAGGGAAAAAAGAAAAAAAGAUAAAAAGAGGAUUCUCUCCUCCCUACUAUAAAUCGUAAAUCGUACUUGUUAAAUACAGUGAUGCAUUUACUAUUGGAGACAUUUGCCUCGUGUUUGUCCCUGUGCUGUGAACGGAAGAUCCCGAAACGGAACGAUCGUUGUGCUUCGUUUUAACGUAACCAUAAGUGCCGAGCCGAAUUUUCGAACGGAAGCGCGAAAAGAAUGGUGAAUAUGGAAGGAUCGGGCGAGCAACAAACUGUGACAGCUUCGCCCCCACCUCGAGUUCCCCUUAAGAGCAGUUUCAGUAUUCGUAGCAUUCUGCCGGAGGCAUGCGCGGGCACCCCGGCGCCCCCCGUCACGCGAACAACGUCCCCGGAGAUCAGCCACGUCGACGAGAGCGAGGAUUCGAGCGACCUUGACGUGACGGGGGACGGCGGUGCCGAGACGCCGCCUUUGGAUUGCUCGAGAAACGCGAUCACCUCCCUCAACUCGCCCGAGCAAAAGGAUUCCAAGGACCGGCAAACGGACGACAAGAAGAAAUGCGAGAAACCCCCUUACAGCUACAACGCGUUGAUCAUGAUGGCCAUUCGCCAGAGCCCGGAGAAGAGGCUUACCUUGAACGGUAUUUACGAGUACAUAAUGCGUCAUUUCCCUUAUUACGAGAACAACAAACAAGGAUGGCAAAACUCCAUCCGGCACAACUUAUCCUUGAACAAAUGUUUCGUCAAAGUGCCCCGCCAUUACGACGACCCUGGCAAAGGGAACUAUUGGAUGCUGGAUCCCAGUUCCGAGGACGUGUUCAUCGGCGGCACAACGGGCAAACUUCGGCGGAGGACAACAGCGGCGUCGAGGUCGCGAUUGGCGGCGUUCAAGAGGAGCGUCGUCCUCGGAGGAUUGUACCCUUCGGCGUACGCGCCGCCCGGAUGGCCGGCAUCCUUGUACACCCUCCCUUAUUUGCAUCGAGCCGCUGCCGCUGGUUAUCCACCGGCAAGCGGCGCCUACUCCACCCCCGCCGGGUAUCCGGCGAGCCUGUUGCCCGGUGCCGCGACGAGUUCGAGCACCAGUUUGCCCUGCAAACCGCAACCGCUCCCGGCGACGGCGGCACCCCCUCAACACGGCCCAUUUUCCAUGGAAAGGCUGCUCCAACCCCCCUCGACCACCGGAUACCCACCCAUCGCCGCUUCCGCCAUCCCGGUGUCCGGCACGCCGUACGACUUUUACUCCACUCUGAGGUCGCUGGCCGCCCACCAGCAUCAGAGCACCGCGGCGGUGUUCGCGCACAACCAACAACCGACCAGGUACCACGUGAAUCAACCUCCGUUGUUGAGCCAGCCGACCUCGGCCACCGCGUCCCCGGGAAGCAGCCCCGAACCUAUGUCGCCCCAUUCGCCACCGGUCACCAUCUGCAACUCGGUGCAGCAACCAAGACUACCCCAUAGUCCUUCCCAGUUGCUGUUAAAACCGAUCACCGUACUCACCGGAAGACAAAGCUGAACCUCGCCGAUCAUCUAGGCGAUUCGCAGCCAAGGUAUCCGGAAGUCACUAUCAGCUGUAGAAAUCGUUCUUUCCGCUCGUUCGUGGCUGGAGACCACGAUUUCGAUUUAAUCGACGACGGAUCGAACCGAGCUCGUUUCGAACAAAGAAGAGGCUCAUUUUCCCCGAUCAGAUCGGACGAAAGUUGUGCUCGCACGGACGGAAUCGAGCAAAGUGAUAUCUCGAAUGCAAGCUUUAUUGUUAUAUUCUUACUCUGUCGCGGGACAAUCGAAAUGCGCGAGAAAAGGGUAGAGUUGGAGGAUAUCGCAAUCUUCUCGACCCUGGUUAAUGCGUGUACAAUGUAUGUACUUUUGUUUGUUUUAAUUAUUUCACGUAUCGACAUAUUUGUAAAUAUUAGAGUUUAAGGAUCGAAUCAAUCGAACGAGUAAUUCGAUAAAAUCUUGAUCUUUACUCGAGAAAUUACAUCUUACCGAUUCUGCUUCAUGCAGAAUCCUGACAGCACGAUUUGUGAUCAUAAUGUGUUAAAAUAAUAACAGAGUAAUAUAAUUAAUUAAUUAAAAAUUGUAUAUAAUUUAUACAAUUCGUUAGAUGAUCUCUCGUCGCUCGAUCGCGUAUCGCGAUCGAAUCUCAAUCGAAAUUGUACAUAUAAUAUGUAUACCGAUUUUAAAAAUCGAAAGGGGAAUCGAAUCAAUUGCCCGAUUUUCGACAUUCGUCAAAUUUGUUACGUAUAUGUAUAUAAAUACAUAAUUAUUGUUCGUAAUAUACCACGCUAAGACACGAUAUAUGUACAUAUGUAUACAUAUAUAUAUAUAUAUACACUCGUGGAUCAUGCACAUGUCGCAAGCGACACGUGCAUGAUCCUCAAAAUAAAUGUUCGAAAUUUUUUUUUUAAAAAAA